AUGGCGUCAGUACUUACAAUCGGAGUUGGAAUCGCCGCAGCCGCUUUUCUCGGCCGCGCAGGACUCGUAGCACUCCGCCGUUCCCGCGGCGAAACCGUAGGCGCAUUAGGAAAGGCAUUCUACAAAGGCGGAUUCGAACCUAAAAUGAACAAACGAGAAGCAUCACUGAUUCUCCAAUUAUCCGAACGCCAGCUCACCAAAGAACGAAUCCGCAAAAACCACCGCACAUUAAUGAUGUUGAAUCACCCGGAUCGAGGAGGGAGUCCGUAUCUUGCGACGAAAGUAAACGAGGCGAAGGAGUUCUUGGAGAAGAAUGGGUAG